UUUGCUGCUGUUGACGGAACACAGGAGGAGUGAGAGCGCAGAAGCCAGGGAGCACACAGACGGGAAGGUUGGACGCCAGAUUCUCCUCAGCCAAACAGGAUGUCUAUGAGGAUGGAAAUGGAUAUCAGUGGAGUGUCAAGGGCACAUGUCUCCAUUCUUCCUGCAGCUGAAAUCAAAGCCACAUUGAAACCAGAAGCAGAGAGACCUCGCUGUGCCAGUACCCCGUGUUCCCCCAUUAGAGGGACUGUUGCAGGAUACCAGAUCCUCCACAUGGACUCAAACUUCCUGGUGGGCUUCACCACUGGUGAAGAGCUGCUCAAGCUGGCCCACAAGUGGUCAGAAGGCACUCCGGAGAAGAGUUCUGUAUCAGAAGCCAUGUCUAGCUCUAUCCAGAGCUCGGUCCCCAGGUCUGUGGAUUUAGGCAUCCAGCGCUCUUCACGGAUCUGCAAAAGCAAAAGUCGCUACUACCAACCCUACGACAUUCCUGCAGCCAAUGGCCGGAGACGGAGGCGCAUGCCCAGCUCCAGUGACACCUUCCUCAGGUCCCUGGGCCACGGGGAGCCUGGGAGGGGUCUGCAUGCUCCACUACCCCUCUGUCUGCUUAAAGGGAAGAGGGCCCAGUCCAAGUCUCUGGACUACCUUAAUCUGGACAAAAUAAGCAUCAAAGAGUCGUCAGACACUGAGGUGUUACAGUACCAGCUGCAGCAUCUCACCCUGCGGGGGGAGCGCAUGUUCACCAGAAACAAGACAUGAAAGCAUGAUGGGAGGCCCUUUUUAGGCGUCUUUCCCUUUAGUGGAUUUAGGUGCUAUUUCCAGCGUGGUUUCUUUCUACUCAGAUUACACUCUGUUCUUUUAGAAGGCAGUCUGAUAAUCUUGUUACCUUAUUAACUGGGGGUUAACCUUGUACUGUACACAUAACAUGAAAGAAAAUUCUGAAAUCAAUCCUCACAUUAUAAUGAGGUUGUUGAGGUGAAAAAUGUGAAUUAUAUAAACUUAGCAAUAACUGGGGAACCUAUUUAUUGACAGUGUUGUGUAUUUGUACUGUCAGAGACGCACUGAUAUAUCAGUUUACGGCUGAUGAAAGCACAUACCCCAUACUGUAUGAGCUUUAACAUGCACCAUUGCUAUCAGUCCAAUAAUAGUUUUACUGCUUAUCUGUGAGGAGUUGUUGGUAAAAGUUAUGUGAUUUUUCUUUUUCAGGUUAUGGCAGUGCAUACAAUAAUUUUGAAUAUGUUGCUUAUUUGUUGAUUUAUUGAUGACAUUCAAUAUCGGUGUGCUUUUAAACCUCUUAUUUCCCAGAAGAUGGGCAUGUGUAAAAAUACAACAACUUAGUGAUACUCAAGCAUCUGUUUAGGAAUAGAUAGUGAAGUCCAUCUUUUGUAUACAAUACUCAUGACAUAUGUACACUUUACAUAGGUAUUGUUCAUUGUAAUCAUUCCCUCUGUCCAUACUUGCUAAAACCAUUCCCCUUUUUUUAAAUAUAUAUCAAAGUUUUUUUUUUCUGGCAUUGCAUGCAACAAACCUUUCACGGCAGAACAACCAAGGACCUUUAAUGACUUAAUCAGUUCCUUGGACCUGUUGCCACUAGAAACCCCCAAAACAUCCCGUCCUAAUGUGACUAUAUUGUAAAAGGUGAGAGAGAGAAUCAGUUUUCCAAUUUGUCACUUUAGCUUCAGCACUGUUGAUUGUGCUCUCUUGUAGUUGCACGAGGAGAAUCACUUCACCACCAGUACAGGCAGGACAAUACCUCUUUGGGUGUACAUAUGAUGCCAUAUGUGUAUUGUUUUAAGAUAUGACUUAACUUGAAAACACCCUCACUAUCAAACCAACCUGGUCUCACAGGAAUCCAUGCAAUAGCCACGGAUUUCGC